CGUUUCUUUCGUACUCCACGCUCCAACUCAACCUAGUUCCUCUUUCACGAAGUGAUCAUCAUGCACAGCGCCUUUUUCCUCACGUUGUUCUUGUCUGCUAUCUCCGCCCUGGCGAUGGCACUUCCCAUCGGCAUUCAUGGCCGCGCCACUGGAGCUCGACAGUUCUCAGCUUUUACCAUCGCUAACGGUGUGGGAGGAAAUGCGUUGGCUGAGGCUAAGGCCGCAUUCCCUGGUACAGCAUCAACUCUCAGUGCUGCGCAGACAUCUGCUUUCAAUGCUGAUGCGCACUGUAGUGUCCUUGCUGAGCAGGCGUUCUUGGACGACGGAGCUAUUGCGAGCUCCAACAAGGCUUCCAACUCAAUCUCUGUAGGACUUUUUAAAAACAAGGUCCUCAAGAUUUAUGGCACGAUGCUCGUUUUACAGGCAGAAAUUGCACAGAACGGAGGAACCGCGACCUCCGAUCAACAGGCCCAGCUCGAUGAUUUGACCACGAAGCUGGCGGCGAACGUCAAGGUCGACCAGACGAACGCUGGGAUUACAAGCACGAGCGCUGACUUCACUUGCUAAAUGUGUCACACCAUGCGUGAGCGCGGAUAUACAGGAUGAAGGUCAUAGGCUUGCAUUUGGUUCUCUUUGGAAGUACAGGGUUGGGAGUACAAUACAUGGUACCUUCGGUCCAAAGGUCUAUGUGUAUGCGACGGAAUGGUGGCAGCUCCGAUGUGAUAUUUUGAUGAGGUCUUUUCCGAACGAUCACCAAGAUCC